CCCAUAACCCACAUUUCCUGGGCAACUGAUUCCAAUUUGCACUAUUAAUAGGAUACAAUCACAUUCCAUGUACUUAAAAAUGAAGAUGGAAUAAGUUAUGUAAAAACACAAAACAUGCAAGUUAUCAUAUAGGAAGGAACACGACACACAGCUACAUAAGAAGCUUCAUGAACAUUACCCACAAGGGACUGGAGAAAUCAAUGUAUUAUCCACAGUAGUCUUUAUGCUGAAGAAUUACCCGCAGUGAAAAGUGUACCAUUUUGUGAUGUGUGAAUCAGUCGGUUCCAGCCCCACAGACCCAUUCUGCUAAAAUGCUGACGUUUUGCUAACUCAAGCUAAUUUUAGUGUUGUUGCUCCGGAGACCUGGCACAUGGGAGCACCCCCAUGGCAUCGAAGGACCUCAGCUCCUAAAAGCUUCUUGUUAGCUAUUACAGGAGAGCAACUCAAAGGAAUAUCUGGCUGGCACAAUCAAAUGCUGCUAAUUAUAAGAAACCUUACCUAGCACUAGAACUUAGAAAUAGCAUUAAUCAACCACAAUAUGAAUAUGAUAGAACCACACAAUUUGUACAGAACCUGUGUCUAAUGGUAACACUCCCAGUCUAUUAGAUCAUGUCCACCAUUUUUUUUUGCCUUUAUUUAACUAGGCAAGUCAGUUAAGAACAAAUUCUUAUUUAUAAUGACAGCCUACACCGGCAACACCCGGACGAUGCUGGGCCAAUUGUGCACUGCCCAAUGGGACUCCCGAUCACGGCUGGUUGUGAUACAGCCUGGAUUUGAUUUGGUGUCUGUAGUGACGCCUCAAGCACCGAGAUGCAGUACCUUAGACCGCUGUGCCACUCGGGAGCCCAAACUAGCAACCCUCCAGUUGCUGGCUGGCCUCUAACCGCUAGGCUACCUGCCACCUCAACAAUACAAAAGCAUCCAAAAACACAACUUUAGAUAUGAUUAGGGAAUAUGAUUUGUCAAAAUGUGUUGACGUAAAUCACUUUUAUUUAUGGAAGAAGAGCCAAGGGCACAGAUGGUUCCAUGGGCCUCAGCUGCUAGGGUUGGCCUAAUUGAAUAGUGUCUCCCUGAAGACCAGUUCCUGCCAGUGCCAGCAAGGAAACAGUAAGCAGGUGGGAUGUGGAGGAGGAGCCCAAUACUGAGGGCUCACCCUGAAGUUGCUCAGUUGUUUUCAGUCGUGUCGAAGGUUGUCAACUUGGCCGUAGGCUAUAAGAAAGCAUGAGACCCUGAGGAGACUUCAAAACAGAGCGCAAACAUCAAGGAGUAUGGAAUUCAAGGACUUGGUCUGAUGGUAAUCGGUGAUGUCGACGGCCUCCCCCCUUGCUUGAGGAGCAAUAGAGAACAAAAACCACCCCCACUCACACAACUUGUGCUGUCAUGACAUACCCGGACCACCUAUUGAGAUGUGCCUUUUGUUAGGUAAAUCAGUUAAACGAGGUGAAAAGGAGACUGGAGUGUCACAUUAAGAUGAAUCGGUGGCGGACAUCAGUGGAUGAGAUUCAGGCCAGGAAACGGCAGGUCACAGAGUGUGAGCGUGCCCUGGAAGCCCUGUGCAAGGUGACUGCCUGUUUCCAACAGAUGGCCAUCUCUAUCGGAAGUAACUCAGACGGCAGCUUUCUGAGAGAGGAGAUGGACGAGACCAGAGCACUGGCUCAUAGAAUCUGCACAGGGUUGCACAGACGCCUGGUCCCUCUAUUGACAGAGAGGGCAACUGAACCUGGACAAGAGGAUCGAUUACAGGUGCAGAGACUGUGGGUUCUUUUCCUCACUGGGCUAGAGAACCUCCAACAGGACCUGCACAAAGCCAGUGACUUCAUAGACCGCUUCCCUUUGAAACAGAGAAAUGACCGCCGGGCCCUGGUGAACACAGGAGCUACAGAUGGGGUCACUGGGGUGUCUGCCCGUGCUGCUUCAGUCCAAACCCCGUGGCUAGCAGUAGAGGUGGAGCAAAACCCUGACCUAAAGACGCACAUCACCCAGAUUGACGUCCUGGUCAAGGAGAUGCUCCAGAAAGUCAGCAUUCCUUUCUGGGCAGUGGAGGCUACCCAAGAGGCCUGGGUGGAAGGCACUCAGUCUCAGGACGCUGCACAUGAUCAAGAUGAGACUCUGGAAGAGAUGAUGGUGGUGUCCCAAGAUGACCAGAUGUCUGGGUGUUGUCAACCUCUAAACUGUAAGUUAGGGUGUAUGUUUUGCCUAUCGACCUGAAGACUGGGGUGUACUCUGAAACUGUUAAUGGUCGGUAAAACUUUUGAGUAAAGCCUCAUUCAUACUGUACAUACACUGUGCAAUAACUACAAGUAGCUUUGCAAAAUGGCAUUCCUGUGUAAAAACUAAAAUGUGUAGUCCUGCAAUUUUAAAACGACAAUACACAGGACCGGCAUUUUGCAUAGCGUUGUGUUGCGUACACAUGGUAUAAAUCAGGUUUUUACAUGCACAAGUAAUUUCUAUUUACUAAUGAAAAUUAUGAACGUUAAACAUCUUUAGAUGCUGUCAAAGAACACAUGCUUUAAGGUAUGAUCAACUAUAAAGAUCUCCUUGAUAAAAGGAUAGAUUUGUAUGUUAAAGAACUUGUAUACCUAGGUUAUUGAUUCAUUUUGUAAUACGCUGACUACACCAGGUGGGUACACAAGCAGGUUGAAAUAGCAAAACAAUAAUGGUCACCAGUCAAAACAGUCACGGACAUUUAGCUCACUAAAUGGUCCUGGGAUAUAAAAAUUUAGUUAUUUUACCUGAAAUACACCAGGUCGUUUCUCCCCUUUCAGGGGUUUUGACCUAUUGAGUCACAAAAUCGUGUGCCCUCUACUCCGACAAUUAAGCCACAGAUAAAAGGGGAAACCUAGUUUAUUAUAUCUCCUUUAUAUGCUGUUUGGCAACCAACUGUAAGGUGCCAACUGGACUUGAGUGUGGACCUAAAUUCAGCUUUCAAUCACCCACGUGGGUAAAUUCUCCUAAAAACCAAUGACAAGAUGGUCAUGUGACAAAUAGAACCAAGUUGUAUUUUAGCACCUGGCUAGAGACACACGCGAGCAGUUUGGGUAAAAUGAUUGAACAUGUGAACAUUUAUUUUGCAACAGGGCCGGUGUGGUCAGCAUGUUAGAAUGAACAUUGUAUUGAUUGCUUGAAAAUGUAUUAUGCAAAUUAAAUAAAGUCAAAUGUUGAUUGGAAAAUAA